GUGCCCGGGCCUCCCCACGAGCCGUGGAGCCCGUCGCGCGCGGGGCAUUGUGGGCCGAGGGGCGGGGGUUGGGAAGAUGGCGGCUCCCAGCCUCCUCAACUGGAGGCGGGUUUCCUCCUUCACAGGGCCGGUGCCCCGCGCCCGGCACGGACACCGAGCCGUGGCCAUCCGGGAGCUGAUGAUCAUCUUCGGCGGGGGCAACGAGGGCAUCGCGGACGAGCUGCACGUCUACAACACCGUUACAAAUCAGUGGUUCCUACCAGCUGUUAGAGGAGACAUCCCUCCAGGUUGUGCAGCCCAUGGAUUUGUCUGUGAUGGUACUAGAAUACUAGUGUUUGGGGGAAUGGUUGAAUAUGGAAGAUACAGCAAUGAGUUAUAUGAGUUGCAAGCAAGCCGUUGGCUAUGGAAAAAAGUGAAACCCCAGCCUCCUCCUUCGGGUUUACCUCCUUGUCCUCGGCUUGGACAUAGUUUCUCUUUGUAUGGUAACAAGUGCUAUUUGUUUGGUGGUCUGGCAAAUGAAAGUGAAGACUCAAAUAAUAAUGUUCCCAGGUAUUUAAAUGAUUUCUAUGAGUUGGAACUACAGCAUGGUUCUGGUGUCGUGGGCUGGAGCAUCCCAGCCACCAAAGGCAUUGUACCUUCUCCGAGAGAGUCCCAUACUGCGAUUAUAUAUUGUAAAAAAGACUCUGGACGUCCUAGGAUGUAUGUUUUUGGUGGAAUGUGUGGUGCUCGCCUGGAUGACCUAUGGCAGCUUGAUUUAGAAACUAUGUCAUGGUCACAACCAGAAACAAAGGGGACUGUACCACUUCCACGAAGCCUCCAUACAGCCAGUGUCAUUGGAAACAAGAUGUACAUUUUUGGUGGAUGGGUUCCACACAAGGGGGAAAAUACUGAGAAUUCACCUCAUGAUUGUGAAUGGAGAUGUACCAGCUCAUUUUCUUACCUAAAUCUAGAUACAGCAGAGUGGACAACUCUAGUAUCAGAUUCUCAAGAAGAUAAAAAAAAUUCAAGGCCCAGACCAAGAGCUGGACACUGCGCUGUUGCAAUCGGAACUCGAUUAUAUUUUUGGAGUGGAAGAGAUGGCUACAAAAAAGCACUUAAUAGUCAAGUUUGCUGCAAGGAUCUUUGGUAUCUUGAUACUGAGAAACCGCCAGCACCAUCACAAGUCCAGUUGAUCAAAGCUACUACCAACUCUUUCCAUGUCAAGUGGGACGAAGUGCCGACGGUUGAGGGCUAUCUUUUGCAAUUGAAUACUGACUUGCCAUACCAAACUGCAUCACCUGAUUCUUCAGCAGCACCAAAUAUGCUAGGAGGCAGGAUGGACCCUCACAGACAAGGCAGUAAUAGCAUCCUUCAUAACAGUGUUAGUGAUACAGUAAACAGUGCAAAAACUGAACACACAGCCAUGAAGGGAACUGCAGUGAGAAACAAACCAGAUUUCAGAGCAACAGAUGCUAAUGCUGGUUUACAUUCACCUUUGGCGCCUAAUGCUUCUAAUAAUAACAGUUGUGUGACGGAUAUGCUAUGGAAGAAUGAAGUUGAUGAAAUAUGUGCUCUGCCUGCAACUAAGAUCAGCCGUGUAGAGGUGCAUGCUUCAGCAACGCCCUUUUCUAAAGAGACACCUUCAAAUCCAGUGGCCAUUUUGAAAACAGAACAACAAUGGUGUGAUGUGGGAAUUUUUAAAAACAAUACUGCUUUGGUGAGCCAGUUCUAUUUGCUACCAAAAGGAAAACAAAGUAUGUCAAAGGUAGGAAAUGCAGAUGUACCUGACUACAGUUUACUUAAGAAACAGGAUCUUGUUCCAGGAACAGUAUAUAAAUUCAGAGUUGCUGCAAUCAAUGGUUGUGGAAUAGGCCCUUUCAGCAAAAUCAGUGAAUUUAAAACGUGUAUCCCUGGUUUUCCUGGAGCUCCUUCCACAGUCCGUAUCUCCAAGAAUGUCGAAGGGAUCCACCUUUCCUGGGAGCCUCCAACUUCACCUUCUGGGAAUAUUUUGGAAUACUCAGCCUACUUGGCUAUCCGCACAGCACAGGUGCAGGAUAAUCCAAGCCAGCUUGUGUUCAUGAGGAUCUACUGUGGUCUUAAAACCUCAUGCAUUGUGACUUCUGGGCAGCUUGCAAAUGCACAUAUUGAUUACACAUCCAGACCUGCCAUUGUAUUCAGGAUAUCAGCAAAGAAUGAAAAGGGCUAUGGACCAGCCACCCAAGUUCGAUGGCUUCAAGGUAACAAUAAGAAAGCACCUUUGAGUUGAGUUGUUUUUGUUUAAGCUGUUGUGAUGGUUAUUUAUUAGUAACUGGUUAUGAAGACCUGUUCUCGGAGAGUAGUCUCUGAUUGUAUUUCUAGCAGUUAUGAAUUUGAGUUUGUAAGUUGUUCUUAAAAUGUAUUUGCUCAUUUCUAGAUCCAAAUAAAAAAUAGAAAGAAGCAAAGACUGAAAAUUAGUAUAUGGAUUCUUCCUUACCCAUAUAACUACUUAUAAAGAAAACAAGAGCAAAACAAAGACAAAAGCUGUAAGGUGUAUUGCCCCUUCUCUUUUGUAAAGGCCUCGUAACUCAGUCAUCUGCAGCUGCUGAGAUGAGUCCAGUAACUGGCUGUUGUACACCUUGCUGUGGUGAAAGUGUUCCCCAUUGUUAAUGCCCUGCCUGAGUAUCCUCCUGCCUUUAUCCCAUGAGCAAUGCUCUUCUACCAACACUUUCCAGUGCAUUUAUGAUACCUAAACUUACUCCUUUAUUUAUAGUUACCACAAGCCUAAGAAGUUAAAAAAAAAAAAAGGCAAGUGCAGGAACUCUGUCUUGUUUUUUUUUUUCCCCUGAGAAUCCUAGCAAAAUAAAAAAAAGGAUAGUGGAUAGUCUUGAUUGGUAUAUGACCAAUAUAUCUGACUGUAUCUUUAACUGAAGCACUUAAUCUAUCUGGCCCUUAAUUUCUUCCCUAGCAGGUGAGAGAGUUAGAAGAGUUUUCGUGAAGGUCCCUUUCAGCUCUAGUGUUUUGUAUUUUCCUUAGCAGUCAGGUGUGUCCCUGAACGCUGUCCUUUGUAGCAGUCUUCCUCACUCUAGCUGUGCUUUUCCUUGACCUCAUUAAAAAUCAAAGCGUGUGUCCUCCUCCUGAAGAAAGAAGUAAGCACCUUAACAGGACACAGGUUUUUAAAUAGUGUUUUAAACAUUUGUAAGAUUUUUGUAAAUGCUCUAGAUGUUUUAUUUUUGCAUUAUUUUUACCUCAGAAUUGUAUAAGCUUUUGUAUACCAGAAAUAAAAAGCAUCAGACAGCCAGUGCAGGCUCCUUACCACCUCAGAGAUGAUGCAGAUAAUUCCGUGACCAUUUGGCUGCAGGUAACUUGCUUUACACCUUCUGAAGUCUCUUAGUUUGACCGCCUAGUCUGUUUGGAAAUGAGUAUGUACAGGCAGUAGCUGCAGAAAAGACAUUUCAGGCUGAGCGCUGCCGUGACUGCAGGAGCACAGGCCUAGCUGCUUCUGCCACACAAUCUCAAUGCCAGUUUAAGGUGAUGAGUAGCUGUGCCCUCCAGCUUUACGUAUGAUAUGCCCAGUGAAGAUGAGUCUAAUUGUGAAGAAUUGAUAUAUAUGCCAGUUACUAACUUAAAGUGUAUAGAAUAUUUUAAUAUAUAAUUUUUGUAAAGACUGGGAUUUUUAUACUACAGUAUUUGUAAUUAAUGCGUCUCACUAAUUAAAUUUCUCUUGAAGAAAAUAUGCAAACUAUUAGACACAUGAGUGGUUUCUGAACUCUAAAGAUAAAAAAUAAAUGCACUACUCUGGUGUUAUUAGAAUACCUUUUUUGGGUACAUGAGUCCUUAAUCAUUAAAUGGGUACUUUCCAAGCAGUGUUUACAAGGAGCACCUCUGGUUGGUUAUUCCAGCAGCUCCCGUGGGGAGAGCUUCACUCUGCCUUCAUUUAAUUUAUGUGCUUUGCUUUGGGCAGUGCUUGCUUUUUGCACUAGGAGACUUUGAACUUACCUCAUUAUUAUGUUUGUAAUCAUUUGUGUAGCUUCCAUGAUGUGUCUGAUAGAGCUAAACAUGUCUUAACCAAAGUUACGUGGUAUGCAGAUUUGCACAUACUGAGUGGUAGGCUUUGCUGUAUGUGUGUGCUCAGCUUAGAAUAGCCAGUUACAGGAAGUGUAUGUUUCAAGCCCAGUUACUUUCUUAGAAAACUUCCGAGUUUCAGUCCCUAUUCUCUGCAUCAGUUAACAGUUUACAUCUUGAAACAUUUAUCUUUCUGUUGAGGAAUAAGUUGAUAUAUAGCAGACUAGAAUGUUGGUUUUGUGUGUGUACUUUUUUUUGUCUAUUUAGUAUGUGAUUUAGUUUAUUUUGCUUAAAGGCAUCUUCUAUUCUAGACCAGGAGACAGAUAUGAGCCCAUGGUUCUAACAUACGAUUUGCUUCUUUGACAAAAGGGUAGCCUUUCUAUAUCAAGUGAUUUGUUAAAAUAAUAAAUCUUUUUACCUUGCAAAUUGCCCAAAUUGUAUUUUUUUCUUCAUUGGCCUACUUCCUUAAGCAUAAGUCAUUUUUGUGUUUCUGUUAUGGAGCUGGUGACUGAGAGAUCCUUUAGCAGGUGAGUGUGGCUUUGGUGGUAGUAGUUCAUGCGGUGUUAGAACUGCUCCAUUAGAAGGACUCGUCCUGCCAACGUGACUUGCACAUCGUGAAGCUGUGAUCCAUGUCAUGCAGACAUUGUUUUCUUUUUCCGCCAUCUGCCGCAUCCUUGUUUUGUGUGUGUGUAUGCUGGAGAUUGAACUCGGGGCCUGGGCAACUAGGCCAGGGCUCCAACACCAAGCUCACCACCCCUAGGCAGAUAUCUCUUACUACGAGGAUUUACAUUAGGUUGAAUUUCUUUCUUUCCUCUCCAGUUGUAUAACGAUCUUUGUGUCAUGAGCCUCUGUCCUGUGUUCUGAACUUCGGUUCACAUAAGAAGUAAAAAUAUUGAUAUUGCAUGCUCUUAGAAUUAUGUUUUUUAAGAUACUGUAUUGGCUUUAUUUUAGUUUAGCAAAUUAUUUUGGCAAUUUAACUAGAAAUAAGUUAUAUAUAAACUCAAUCUGUAUUUAAAGAUUAAAAUAAUCAGAUUGCAUGUAUGAGGCAUCUUUGCCCCAUAAUCCAGUACAUGUAUAAUCAUCUAUAGAGAAGUGAAAUUGUUGAUCGAUUCUUUCAGACUUGUAGACUAGCAAAAAUCAGUUCUGCUUAGAGAGUGUCUGCUGUAACUAAAGGGCUUUUAUUUUAAAAUGGUAGCGCUUACAACAUAAAGACCAUUUGUUACAUUCUGUGUGGAGUGAUUAGUAUUUAGAGCUCCUGUAGGCAUCUGCUCCUAAUAGAGAAACUGCAAGUAGGCUUGGCCUUUGGCCAUUUGAAGUGUAACUGUUGUUUCCUAAGACUGAUUAUAGGCAGUUCUAUGUAUUGUGUACCAAUGAUGUGUAAAAUAAAAGCCCCUUUUUGCUAUAAACAA